AAGCUUAUACAGAGUGUUCUACUUGUUCUGAAGAAAGUUUUCAGGACGAAGAAUCAUCUACAGUUUUUAACUCUAAAGUUAACUUAUAUGAAAAUUCCGGGCUAACUAAAUUGGUUAUCCAGUCCGAAGCUGACCUUUCCCCCUGCUUUAACCAAGAUUCUGAUAUUCUGAAAAUAACUGUUAAAGAUCCCGAAAAGAUCAAUGAUUCAGUCGGUUUUCACUUUGAGUAUAUAGUAGAAGCAAAGAAAAACAAUAAUUUAUUUUCUUCCUCCAAGAGACGGUACAACCACUUUGUGUGGCUUCAUCAAGGUUUGACCCUUCAACAUCCUUGUUGCAUUCUGCCCGGCUUGCCAAGCACCCACCUGACAGUAGUAAACGAGGAGGACACGUUGCAUCGGAUGUGUUCUUUGGAGUUUUAUUUAAACAGCCUCGCUUCCCACCCAAAACUCUCUAAGUCAAAUUUGUUAUUGGACUUUCUUGAAGGCGACGCUGCCGACUUUUUUAUGCCUGCGAGCGAUAACCCCGUGGAUUGCUUGAAGCCAAAAAGUUCAAACAUUCAGUGUUUUGAGUCAAGCAACUAUAAAAUUUCUGAGCGAUACGGAUACUGCUUGGCCCUCUCUCCCCCGCUGGCCAUCUUGGACUCAAAUUUUACUUUUAUUACGAAGCAUUACUUCGAUUCUUCUGCGUUGUAUAACAAACUACGGGAGGGUGUGAUUGCUCUGAGAGAUAGUGAUUCUCUGGCCGACGAGCCCAGUCUGGCAUUUUCUAAGCUCUUCGAGGAACUGGCCCUUUUCUUCGUGAAAUUUGGACACCGGUACCUUCGCUCCGUUGUAAUACCUUUGCAUGCUCAACAUUUGACAACAACUUCUGUCCAGAGAACACUGGCUUAUGAAAAUGAUCUCGUUGUUCACAAGGAAACAUUGCACGACCUGGUCAACAAAAAGACUCGAGAUAAGAUUGCUUGCGAGGGAGGGCAGUUGGGAUUGAGCUUCGGCCGUUUCGUUGGAAAGAAUUCAGAGCAGAUACAAAGAGAAAAACUCGAGCAUCUCGAUGCAGAUAUUAACGAUCUUCAAAAAAAGAAGAGUAAAGUCGAGCGUCUUCUUGAAGAACAGUCUGUGGUUAUUUCCCAAGAGUUCAACGAAUGGGACUCAAGAAGAGGGACUUGCAUAAAAACUGCACUUCGUUCAUUGGUUGACUGCCAAAUUCAGCAUGCUCGCCUGCAAAUUGAUCUCUUCAAAAGUCUUCUCUCCGUUAUAGUGAAAACCGAUUCUUAAAAGAAACCAAACCUCAGAAGUGUUUUUCUACUUGCGUUUAACGUUUUACUGUUAAAGUU